AUGACGAGCAUCGCAUCCGUCCGCCCGUCAUUAACAUCUAAUGAUUCGGCUGUACUCCAAGCACUUUUCGAUGCCGAAUCUUCUCCAUCAUCAGGAAUCACAGUUGAUUCAUCCCUUCCCUCAUGGCCAUCCUCCUUGAAGAUCUCCCAAGAAGAUCUAUCAUCGCUCAGCCAGCGCGAAACAGAAAUCAUCCGCAAACUACAAGCAGAUGAACAACCGAGCGAAGAAACAGUCAAGUCCGCACUAAACGACUUCGACACACUUCUCAACCAAUAUCCAACAUAUCCCUCCGCAUACACAAACCGAGCACAGACACUCCGUCUCUUGAUCGAUAUCAUCCGCAACAACCACGAAAGCAAGUCGGACAAUGUUCAAGGUUCAAUCUCUGAACUAGACGAGGCAGCCCUCUUCUCACCUCAAACCUCAGAACUAUCAUCUCGCAUUUUUUCCGACCUAGGCCAAGCAAUCAAUCUCGCUACACCUGCCUCCCCCGCUGAUGCUCACGGCUCUUGGCGGAUGCACACACGCACCGGGGCUAUCUACUUCUCAAAAGCUGCGCGAGGCAAAAAGGCCAAGACUGAUGAAGCUGGGUCGGAUAUGUCGGGUCCGGAGCGGUUGAGAGGACUUGGGGCUGAUCAGCUUGAAGAGAUGGCUAGUCGGGAUUUCUUCUUUGGGGGUCGCUAUGGGAAUAAAGUUGCCCAGCAGCUUUCUGUGCAGACGAAUCCUUAUGCGAAGAUGUGUGGGGCAAUUGUUAAGGAGGCGAUGAGGAAGGAGGUUGAGGGGUGA